GCACAAUGUAAGUAGUUUUAUCAUAAAUAUCAUACAUUCGUUUUCACCAUUUCUCUGUUUCAUUCUACAACACUCCCAAUUGUUGGUGUAAUGUUUUUGUCAUAAGUGUUUUACAAUUGCUGUUUACACUGUCAGGUGUGUAUAUUUUGAGCAGUGUUGUAGUCCCAAGUUUUUUAAUUUUCUUAAAUUUUUUUUUUGUUGUUGACUUAAUUACAACAAAAACAAAAAAUGUAUCUAAGAACUAACUAUUAUUUUUUUAUUUAAUGUUGAAAGUUGCCAUUGAAAAUUAAAAAUUCUAAUUUGGUCUUCCAAAACUUUAUCGUUUCUAAUGCCGUCACUCGUAUUAUCACGAGUAUUUUUACAGACGUAUGAAAGAAUAGAAAAUGAAUUUCAUGUAGCGAAUCGUCUUCGUCACGAAUACACAAAUAUUAGUGGAUAUCUCAAAUAACAUUUUUAACGAAUGCUUUAAUAGCCAACUCAUUUUAAAGAAUCAGUUUACAAAUUGUUUCAAUUUGGAAGUUAACUAAGUUUAUUUAGCUGCCCAAAACCAUUAAUAAUCAUUCAAAAGCUGCUGCAGCAAUGGUUGAUCGAAAGAGUACAGCAAAAUUGCUUUGAGGCAGUAUGGAUAGUGUAUAAUCCAAAAGACAUCAACUUUUAGGAAAAAUGAGAAUCCAUAUUUGGUAGGGGUGAUUACAGAGAACAUGCCGCUGAGGUCUUGACAUAAAAACUCUGUUAAAACGUGAGACUCAUCGGAGUGCGUUAUGAAUGAUGAAACAUUAUAGUAUUACCUCUCCGAAUGCUCAGCAUGUUAUCUUCCGUUAUAUCUUGACAGCUCGCAAUGUAAAUUGGGUAUAUAGGGUGGAGAAACUUAGAAAUUUUAUCAAAUCCAGCGAAUUAUUGAAUGUUACUUAGUUGGGACUGACUUGGAAACACAAUUUGUCUAAUGUUAACUUAGAUGUGGACGUUUACGAUCACGCCUUUUUUUAUUAUCCGAUAUCAAAAAACAAACCAGCGAAGUAUUGAGUAUUUUUACAAAAGCACAACACACAAAAGUAUUAGAGCAAACACAUUUUUGAUUUUUCCUAUCGGAUGAUCAUUAGACAUAUCGCCUACAAGAUUCUAUAAACUAUUACUUUACUUCCAAAAUAUCAAAUAUCUUACGUAGUACCCAUAAUACAAUUUUCUAAAAGUAAAAGCUUUCGUGGUAAGACAAAUUGUAGAAUUGUAAGCUCAUAGUUUAAGUACCAUGCUAGUCGGAUGGAUAAAGUCAUUCUAAUAUCAAGCGCUACUUGUAUAAACAAUCUUGUUGUUCAUAGUUUUUUUCAGAAAAAGCAUAAGUUCAAGGUUUGCCCUACUUGUCAAUAAUACUAAUUUUACCGAAUAUUUUUAUCUUAUAUUUGUAUUAUCUUAGUCGUCAUUUGGUUUCAAUAUCGUAAUCAUUUAAAUCAUUUCAAAUUUCAUAAUUCUAAUAGCAAUCCAAUAGCUAAAGUGACGUCAGUUUAGCCGAUGAUGUUGUCAAACUCACCGUAAUCUGACGCUAUAGUUGACGAAAUUGUAUACUCAAGUCAUUAAAAUACCCAAUUUAUUAAUACUAGAAAAUGAUUCAUCGUUACACGUGUAAGAUUUACGGAGUUCUCAACUGCACACUAUUUAAUUUUUUUUUUUGUUUAAUUUUUAUCUAAAAUAUUUCUUAAUCUCUCCUUAAACAAUUAACACUUCAACAAUUUUCAAUGCUUAUCAUUUACACACUUUCCCUUCUUUGGCUUCAAUUUUAAUUUGCUAUUCUCUUCAAUAUUACAUAUGUACUUUCAUGUCCGUCGCUUGGACACGCCUACAACAACUACACCUAAACAUACAACUUACACACACUUCUUCAAUACAACGUUACACAUAAUAUGACAACACAAAAAACUACGCAAAUGCAGCCAGUCUCACAUAAAACAACAACAACCACAAAAGCCACAUUCGAUGGCGAACUGCUUUGGCAACAAGAAGCGACGGAAUUUAUAGAACGUUUCCCGCAGCGUCGUCGUCAACAUGACGCGCUACGUCCCAGCGUCUCAGCCGGUGCGCUUUAUAAAAAUGCCACCGGUAUACAGGCACUGAAUAAACGCGCUAGUGGUAGUGAGCUGCUCACAGCGCAGCAACGACAUCAGCGUGAUCUAUUCAGCGGCGAUUUAGGUAUACCAGAGGUGCGUUCACACGUGGGGAGUAUGGUGCACACAUUCGAAACGCUUGCUAUGCAGCGCAAGCUUGCCGAUCAAGAACGCGCCAAAGAACGCGCUUGGGCACUGCAACAGCAACAACAGUGCGAGCGCGAACAGUUAUCAGAGAGAAAUUGUAAGUAUAUGCCAACACUUAAAAGCGCCAUACACACAACAACAUACACAUAUGAUACGCCCACACACUCGUCACGUCACUCUCAGCACGGCACUAGUAAUAGUAAAUAUCAUCAACUAAAGCGUAAAUCAUACGAAUCACGGCAACGCCUCAUAAAACUAAGUAAGCAGCAACUACUAGCUGCUUUUAACAAUAGCGCUAAACGCGCGCCGUCAAAAACAGCACAUACUAAACUCGAAAGUAGCUUAAGCGCUCAGUCGCUGCCUGGCGUCGACAAUAGUAGUAUAUUAUCGCCGAAUAGUAGCCCCCUUAAGCGACACAGCACAUUAAGUUUGCACUGCGCCGAAGAUACGCGAGCUGCAAAAAGCGAUAAUGAUCACUUGAUGCAACAGUAUUGUAAUAUGGAUGAUGAUUACCGUAAAAAUCUCUUUGGCACCAUAUCAAGUCGAUUAACGUCUGUUAAUAAAGGUUGUGAAAAUAUCAAUAGUUAUGACUACAGUGCCGCGCAGCACAAUAGUAAGCGCGUCAGACAAGAAGAAGAAGAUAUAGACGUUGGCGCGCACAUGAACGUUGAACACGAUGAAACGUUCAUUGUAAAUGCAGCCUUUGAUGAAAUUUUCGCCAGUUACAGUGGCGGCGAUGACGAUGAAGAAGACGAAAAAAAAGUUAGCCCGCAGGCAAAGUUUAGCCGUGCUACCACAUACUCUACGGGUUGCGAUGAGCAAAUGGUAAGUUUAAGUGAACUGGACGAUGAUGUUUUUAAGUCACUUAGCUCGAGUCGCAUCAAUAAUAUCGGUUACCCAGGCAGUACGCCCAUGAAACUGCCAUCAUUAGCGGCAAGCGCUCACAAAAAGGCGGCGAUGCCAACAACAAACACAAAUAGCGCCGUUGCUAACGCAGCACAAACGCCUAAACGCAAGCGCACCAUAAUGCCAUUAGCGAAACAAAAGCAGCGUGCCACAACACUACAUAAUCUCUUCGAUCGUCUCAAAGCAACACAAACGAAAGUAAAGCGCCCAUUUGUUAAAAUGCCCUCCGAUAGUCUGUUAAAACAGGAUCAAUUAAGUAUUAAACAAAUGGCGCAUGCGCUGCACAAAUACUCACCGCAAUUAAAUUUAUAUCGCGAGAUAGGCGAAGGUGGAGCGGCCGACGAACGUGGUGAUGCUGAUUGCGAUUUUAUACGCGGUUCCACAUUGAGUCAAUCAUUUGUACGCCAACAGCUGAAUAUGGGUGAGAAUAAGGAAGAACCUAAGCGCAAAAAGGCGGCACCACCACCGCCACCCAUUAACAAUAUGAAAUUAAAUAGCGGCGUUAGUGGUGUAAAUGCUGUAAAUGGCGCGCCACGACCGAACUUAGCGUCACAGCGCGCCAAGUCAACAAAUGAAUUACUUCUCGAUGAUUUGGCCGUGCAAGCGCGUCGCUAUCAGCGUGCUGCUAGUCGUAAAUAUGCGGCGCCGCCGACGCCCAGAAAACAGCAACAGCCAAUGGUAUUAGCUGCCAGCAAAGUACAAACCGGAGAAGAGGAAAAAGAAGUCACGCAACGCUAUAAAUCGAACCGUGCGAUUAGUCGUGGUAACGGUGUUGGUGCUGACAUCUUUUUCCGCGGCAGCGCUGAAAUUUAACUUAGCGCCGACAAUUUGACAGUUUGUUUGCUCAAACAAGAGGAAGUGUGUACGCGACAGUGCAUCUUCCAUAUACAGAUUACUUACUUAAUCCAAGUAGUAAUCGCAACGCUCUGGAUGUGUUAGAUGACACCCAACGCUAAUGUUAGUUAUACUCGUAUUACAUAGAAAAAUAUUUAGCAGUAUUUGUAAUUGUACUAAUUAUACCAAGCAAACAACUAAUUUUUGCCAACGUAAUUGAGCCAUGUUUUCAUGCAAAAAAUACUUAAGCAUUUAUUUAUUUUCAUAAAUUUAAUUUAAAAAAAAAUCAAAAAGAUAAAAUUAUGGUAUUGUAGUUGUGUAUGUGACUGAUUUUUCUGUUAGUGUACUCAUGUUAUAACAAAAAAAUAAGUAAUUCUUUACACAAAAAUAAGUGAUUAAAAUGUUAAAGUUAAUGUUAAAUAUAGUAAGCAAAUAAAUAUUGUAAAUAAAAACAUUAAUAAAUAAUCUAAUGUGGAGCCUCUCCUCUUUGUUUUUAACAACAUAUUCUUGAUGUUUAUUGUAAAACUAAAAAGUGAAUUUGCAAUAAGCCGAUUCUUAUAUAAUAUAAUAGUGAUCACUGCUUAAUUGUAAAAAAGAAAUUAAUGAUUUGAGGUUAUGUGCAACAUUUUUGAAACAUUUUGUAAUAAUAUCUCUUACAUGUAUAUGUCAAAUCUUGUUUUAAUCUAAGACUACAUAACGAUCUUGCUCUGACAAAUAAUUUCGGUUAUAUACUUGUCAACUUUUAUUCCUUAAAAUAAACUCUUCGCCUAAAGGUAUGCUUCAUUUUUUUUCGAAUUCUUUAAUUUUUCUAUCAAAGAAAUUUUAUGACGUCAUCAAAAUACUACGAUUUUGCCAAUACUGAAAUAUUUAUGAAGCACCUUUAUUGUUCGUCAUGGCGCAUAAAGUUUUCUAUGGAAUACUUAUAUAGGUGCGUAGAAAACUUAGCUGAUCAUACUGCUAUGAAAUCUGACCAAAUGCCACCUAAAAUAUAGUGUUUGACAUUUUGUUGUAUAUUUAUUCAGUUCUAGUUUAGAAAUGUAUUAGUAAUUAACUGCCUUAUCUCUACUCAAAGUAUGUACUAUACGAAUUAGAAAUGGAAUAUUUCUAAAAUGAUAAUAGUUCAUAACAGCAAGGUGAUUUUUAAUAAAUUGUCACGAAGUUUGUAACACCUAGAAGGAAACGGCGAAGACCCUAUACAAUAUUUAUAAAUGAUCAGCCUGACGAGCUGAGUCGAUUUAAUGUCCGCCUGUCUGUCUGUAAAAUUCGGCUUGGGUUAUUGUCUAAGACAAUAGUUUAAUCUCUGAAGAAAUUAUUCAGAUCGUACAAACUGAACGAUCGGAAUUAAAUACUUGUAUGAAAAGCUUUUUUAUGUGACGAGAUACUUCAUCUUCAUUUGGCUUGGUUUAUUGCCUAGGACAAUAGUGCAAUCUCCAAAAAAAUUAGAUCGGAUCUCUAUAUAUAUUAUAUAAUAUUAUAUUUAUUUUGGCACCAGUUUGGCAAAGUUCAGUCUGCCAAGGUAAUUCCACAAAGAAUAACUGAUACUAAGAGCAAAAUAUAAUUUCGGGAUAGGGAUUGACCUAAAGCUUGACUUGGUUUGUGUAUCAAAUAUGUAUAAACCUGUAAUAAUGAAGGGAGAACGGUUGUAAAAAAAACUAAAUCGUGAAUCAUGACUUUAUACUUCUUUACUUCCUGUAUUGUUACGAAAAUAACAAUAAAAAGCGAAAAGCGCGAGACAAACAUUUUUUAUUUAUUUGUUUUGCUUUUAUUGAAAAUUUAGUUCAAAUACAAGAGCCGAAAUAGCUAAAAUUGCUGUUAUUAAUUGCCGAUCCAAACAGAGUUAAAGGGACCCUGCUUAACCCUCCCCACUAUUGUUUAAUCACUAUACUUCGAAGCUCUCGCAACCACUAGAAGGAGUUUCUAUUACCUCAUACACAUGUGAUCAAAAGUGAACUCCUAUCUCCUAGAACUUUCUCGCUUCUUCACUGCAACUAAUCACCUCUUUCAUGCCCAAUUAAAUCAACUCACUUAACUCACCUCUCUCUAUGGUCCGAACGCUUCGAAACAGCUCAUUUGCUGGGCCUACCGUUAAGUAAUUUUGUUAAAAGCUAACUGAUACCAGUUAAGCUUUCCCCCAAGCAGAAGCUGAAUAAUCGUUACAACAACCACAAAACAACAAAUUGCUGUUCUUUACUGUACCUACAGUUACUUUUUUACAAAUCUUUCGUCAAUAUAAAAAUUUUAGAGUUGCCAUAAUCUUAAUCGUUUUUUAACUUUUCAUUCAUGAAUUGCAAUUAGGUGGAGCUGUAAUCAUUAUUAUAACAUAUACUUUUUACCAUGUGUCAUAAUGAAUACUAAAUUAGCUCUUAAUGACUGAGUUUAUUUACAUGCAAAUAAAGUACUCAAUUUUCACGAGCAAAUGCAAAAUGGAAAAUAUUAAUAUUAAUAUAUUUUUUGCAAACAAAAAAUGCGUUUACAUGUAUGUAUGCGUAAAUAUUAAAGUUUUUUAUUUUCUUAUUUAAAUUUUUACUACAUAUAUUUUAUUGCACAGCGACCAGUUUUCUUUAACGCCAGUCAAUAAUGCAUAGCUAAGCUACCAGAUCAAAAAAAAAAUCAUAACGCCGACAAACUAAUGAGAAAAACACUAAAAUACUAAUGUACAAAAAUAAUUAAAAAUUUAAAAGAGAAAUAUUUAUAAGCUUAAGCAAACGAAAGCAAAGUAGUUUAAUACCAAAAAGAUUAAGUUUUUUGAUUUCAUUUGAACAUUUCACUGUUGUUGUAUUCAAUCUCAAAAAAGCAAAUUCAUUAAUCAGCUGAUAUACUUGUACUUGUAAAAAGAAAAUUGCAAACAAUUAAAGCCGCAGCCAUAAAAAAAAUCAACUGUAUGUUUUUAACCUCAAAGAAAAAAAAUCACAAUUAAUAUAAAAAUGUACGACUUUUCUCCUUAAAUAUAUGUACAUGCAGAAUUAUUAUUGGUUGUAAUACAUGUUUGAAUUCGAAGCGUUAAAUGUAAGAGAUGUUAGCGCAACAGUGCAUACCAACUGUAUGUGGACCGAAAAUGAAUUAUAAGGAAAAUGUAGCGUAAAAACGAAAUUACUAUACAUAGUUAAAAUAUUAACUGAGAUAUUAUAGUUAUUGUUGUACUAACUAUGUAUUGACAACUCAAAGAGUGUAGACAUUAAUGAAAUAAAAGAAAUUACAGAACAAACAUUCAUACAUACAUACAUAAUUACAUACACAUUAUAGGUAUGAAAAAAUAUAUUAGUAUAUAAAAUGGUAAGAUUAACAUUUUUGUGCAUGCAAUAAAAUUAACAAUAAAAAAAAUAAUAAUAAAUAAAAAAUUUAAA